UUCUGAUUCAUUCGAACGAUGAGUCAACAAAAUAGCCUUACGCCUGCAUGCGGCUUUGUCAACCUCGCCACACUGAAUAGAGGUAAAAUCCUAGCAAAGCCCGGUCUUCUAGAACCAGGGCAAGGAGGUUUAUCUACAAUUCUCGUUCCACUGCAUCUCGAAUGACUCUUUCGUUUCCCGAAUAGUCAGGUUGCAUUGCAUUUUGGCUUUUUCUGAUCCUUUUACGUCUUCAAGUCGCUGUAUUUCAAAAAGCGCAAUUGUGCCCUUGGGUCAAUUUCCUUCUCACCUCACACCAAACACAGCACUAAAGAGUGCAAUCGGAAACCUCUCACGAAAUUUCUGUAGUUUGGUAUUCACGCACGGGUUUUCAAUUACUGGGGGCGAUUGUGCUUGAUAUUUAGCAAUCAUUGUUGCGUCUUUGGAUCGUUCUGAGCACCAACAGAAUUUUGGCAUGGCUGCGGUGCGGUCAAGUACGACAACAGCAAUCAUUACAAUGGAGGGAAGUGAGCGCGCUCCUAGAACUAGUCGCGGUCGUGGUGGCAGACACCGAGGAGGUCGUGGUGGGCGAGGUAGAGGUGGUACACAGAACGCGAUAACAACCUCUCAAACUCACCCAUCGGAACAUGCUCCGACGGCUGCUCCUGCGUCGUUGUCAAGGGUUGAUAGCAACCAAACCCAAAAUUUGCAGUCUGGUAGAGGAUCCAGGAGAUCAAGAAACUCGAGGCGGGGAGGAACCAAUGCUGGGCAAAGGACGACAUUUGGUGGUCAGAGAACUUUUGGUGGUCAGCUUACGACAGAGCAGCAACCGGAAGAAGACGCAGAAGCAGGAGCUCCAAGUCUGAACAUAGAAGCCAAGGACUUCGUACCAGGACAGCCGACUCACAGCACGGGGAAUAAUGCCAAAGCUUCACAAGCAAAAGGCAAACUACUGCACGUGAGGAGAGGUUCCAAAUCGAAUGCUACCGACCUUCCAACUCGUAUACACGAGGACAUCACCUAUGGCCAGUAUGAAUGUGUCAUCUGCACAAAUGAAGUACUUCCAAAUUCGAGAAUCUGGUCAUGCACAACAUGCUGGUCGGUUCUCCACAUGUCUUGCGCACGAAAAUGGUACACAAACCAGAUGAAAAAGCCGGAUCAACCAGGAGCUCCGGCCCCUGCCGGGUGGCGAUGUCCUGGCUGCAACUCUUCAUUGACGGAGGAACCUUCUACAUAUCACUGCUGGUGCGGUAAGGAGAUGAACCCAAAGUCAAUACCUGGACUACCACCACAUUCCUGCGGACAAACCUGCUCGAAGCCUAGGUCAACUUGUCCUCACCCUUGCGGGUCCAUGGUCUGCCACGCAGGACCAUGCCCACCAUGUGAGAGCAUGGGGCCGUCCAUUUCGUGUUUUUGUGGCAAGCAUGUCUCUACGAAGCGUUGCGGUGAAACAGAUUAUGCCAACGGCUGGAGCUGUCAAGAAAUUUGUGGAGAUCUGCUACCCUGCGGAGAGCAUGAAUGUGCUCGUCCAUGUCAUAGUGGCCUCUGCGGUAGCUGUGAUAUACCAGUCCCUUCACUUUGCUACUGCGGCAAGGAACAUAAGAAUAUCCCGUGCGAGCAGCGCGGUGAUCGAGAAGCUUCCUACAAUCACGGGCAACUGAAAGAAAAACCCACGACAACAUCUGUUGAAGCAGAAGACCUGGGUGAGAACUGGUAUUUAGGCAGUUUCACCUGUGGCAAGAAGUGCGGGAGGGCUUUCGACUGUCAAAAGCAUAGUUGCCAGAAGGAGUGCCAUUCACAGGAGGAGCAAACCACUCAUUGCCCAUACGCUCCGGAUGUGGUAACGCAUUGUCCUUGCGGUAAAACGCCUUUGACAGAGUUGCUGGCCACACCACGACAGAGCUGUUCCGAUUCAGUUCCAAACUGCAAGAAGCGAUGUGACAAGCCCCUGACUUGUGGUCAUUCGUGCCAGAGUGGCUGCCACGAUGGACCUUGUGCCCCAUGCAUGCAACGCAUGGAGGUAAUUUGCAGGUGUGGUAGAACGACGUCCAUGACAGUCUGCCACCAAGGCUCUGUGCAGAUCCCUGAGUGUAUGCGGGUUUGCCGUGCUCAACUCAACUGCGGAAGGCAUCUGCACGACCUUCACUGCUGUCCUGGGGAGAAGAAAGCAAUCGCUAGGGUGGCUGCCAAAAGAAAGAGGAAGAAUUUGGGUACAUCAAAUGAGGAGGUUGAACCCGAACACAUUUGCAUUAGACCAUGUGAUCGACCCCUAAAGUGUGGCAUGCACGAUUGCCAACAAUUAUGCCAUUCAGGGCCUUGUGCCUCAUGUCCAGAGGCGAUUUUCGACGAGAUCAGUUGCCAUUGUGGCCGGACGGUACUCCAGCCUCCUCAGCCAUGCGGCACUCGACCGCCAGAGUGCCGGUUCGAUUGCAUUCGAGAUAGGUCUUGUGGUCAUCCUCGGGUCUCGCACAAUUGCCAUCCUGACGACAAGCCAUGUCCACCAUGUCCCUUCCUGGUUGAGAAGCGAUGUAUUUGUGGCAAGCAAACUCUAAAGAACCAACCUUGUUGGUUUGAGGAGCCCAGAUGUGGAACAAUUUGCGGCAAGAAGCUCAAAUGCGGUACUCAUACGUGCACAAAGCCUUGUCACAAAUCGGGAGAGUGCGAAGAUGCAGGUAUCCGCGGAUCGCACUGCACUCAGGCAUGCCUCAAAGUACGCAAAUCAUGUGACCACGUCGAUACAGACCAAUGCCAUGCGCCUUACGCUUGCAACGAAGACAAGCCAUGCCAGGCGAAGACUUUUAUCACUUGCGAUUGUCAACACCAGAAGAAGGAGGUAAAGUGCCUUGCUUCAAAGUCCAACCCGUGGCCUGAACGGCCCCCCCUGAAAUGCGACGAUGAAUGUCUUCGAUUGCAAAGGAAUGCAAGACUUGCAGCAGCCCUAAACAUCGAUCCUGCAACUCACACAGACAAUCAUGUGCCCUACUCGGACACGACGUUGAAAUUCUUCAGAGACAAUGCAAAGUGGGCGCAGACUUUUGAGCGCGAGUUCCGUGUGUUCGCGUCAGAGUCAACCGAGAAGCGGUUACGCUUCAAACCGAUGAAGCCGCAGCAGCGGGCCUUCUUACACUCCCUGGCCGAGGACUUUGGCCUAGAUAGCGAGUCGCAGGAUCCCGAGCCGCAUCGUCACGUAUCUAUCUUCAAGACACCUCGCUUCGUUUCGGCGCCUGCAAAGACCCUCUCGCAGUGCGUCAAGAUCCGAGCAGCAGAGUCCUCACAAGCAGCCCAGACCACCAACAUCGUCGUGCCGACCGAACCUUACAACGCCCUGCUGCUAUCAUCUCCACAGUUCGGGUUGACUAUCGAAGAGCUCGAGUCCGUUCUCAAGCCCGACUUCGCCACGCAGCCGAGCAUAUCCUUCGCGGUCAGCUUCCUCCCCUCCGACGAGAUCGUCCUCAAGGGCUCAGGCGCAUGGACUCCACAGGCGCUCGAGACCUCAGUCACGGCCCUGAAGCCUAUAGUCACGCAGACCGUAAUGCGGCUCGGCUUUGCAAAGACCGUGUGGCUCUGCCACGUCGACUCCUCGCUCAACGUGCUGCGGAGAGAGGCAGACGGCAGCAAGAGCACCGGCGGAUGGAACACGGUCGCCGGCAGAUCGGCCGCGAGACCGAUGAACGCUGCUCCGCCGGCACCACCGCCGGUCAGGAGCAAGUUCGUGGCAUUGCUAAAACCAAGCCGGAAGAACAAGGUGGAGGAACAGCCGGUGGAGGAGGACUGGGAGGCAGCGGCCGAGAAGUUGGAUGAAGAGUAAUGGUUUCAGGGUAAACUGAUAUCAAAACCGAGGCUACGGUUUUGAAAAUGGAGAACAGAAGCACAACGACAUCAGAGAAUAGAGCUCAAGAUAUAGAUUAUCAUGGCAAAUGACAUGACCUCCAUACCAUGAACAUU